AUGGCACCAACGUUGCACCUCGUCCGCCAUGCUCAGGGCUAUCAUAACCUCAGUGUUGCGAAUCAUGCCAUCCACGACCCAUCUUUGACACCUUUCGGCGAACAACAAUGCCGAGAUCUCGCUACCAAGUUCCCUUACCAUGAUGGUGUGGAGGCGGUCGUGGCGUCGCCGAUAAGAAGGACGAUAUACACUGCUCUCCUUGGCUUUGGUGGGGAUCUUGAGAAGAAGGGGCUGAAAGUCAUUGGACUACCGGAGUUGCAGGAGACGUCUGAUCUACCGUGUGAUACUGGAAGUACACCUCAGGAGCUGGCGAAGGAGUUUGAGGGCAAGCCAAUUGAUCUGGGCCUUGUAAAGGAGGGCUGGACGAGCAAGAAGGGCAAGUGGGCUCCCACUGGCAAGGCUAUCGAGGCUAGAGCCAAGGAGGCGAGGAUCUGGUUGAUGAGUCGCCCUGAAAAGGAGAUUGUUGUUGUUACUCACGGCGGCUUCCUCCACUACUUCACCGAAGACUGGGCGGACUGCAAUCGCUUUAACGGCACUGGGUGGGCGAAUACGGAGUACCGCUCUUACAACUUCAGCUCGCAUGAGCCGGCUGAAGCACAUCUGGUCGAGAUUGAAGAGUCGAAAAAGCGGAGAUCGAUGGGUGCAAAGCCGCUGGACCGAGAGGAGAAGGCUCAAGUCCAGCCUCAGGCUACUGUUCCUGUUGCUGAGAAGGCUACGCAGGAGCCUGCUGUUGAUGUGAGGGCCAAUAUCUGA